AUGCGGCGAUCGCUUCAGUCUCAAGAUGGAUCCACGGCACUUGUCGUACUUUGGGUAGUUGACAUACUAAUCCAACGAACAAGUGGUCAAGAAGUCCACGCAAAUGCAUGUGAUCGACCAGCACCAAUGCUUGCAACGUUGCGACGCAGUGACGACAUUUUGUCGAAUGCCGAAGUGGUUUAUGAGAAUUGUACAGUAGUUCGAAUAACUUCGAUAUCAAGCAAUGGAACUACAAUGAUCGAUGCUAGUUAUUUGGGUAUUGCAGCAAUCUCGAGUUUUCCAGCUGUCUCGACGAUUGUAUUAUCAGGAAAUCAAGUCACGACAAUAUAUGAAGACAAGGAGGCUACAGUUAAGAAUUUAGAUUUGUCAGCUAAUGGACUUAGCGCAUUGGAUGCGUUAUCUAUUCCACCUAGUGUCACGAGGCUGGUAUUAGACAAUAAUUCCAUUCAAUCACUUGAUCGUGGUGAAAUUCCAGAUUCUGUCACGACUUUAUCUAUAAAAAACAACGGCAUUUUUUUUCCUACGGCAUUAACAUUAAGUGAUUCUCUUAAUGGACUUGAUACAAGUGAAAAUCCCAUUCACGACUUGUCCAAAUGGCGUAUGCCAUCAAAAUUACAAGCUUUUUCAUGUGUUGAUUGUGGUGUGGAGAAACUUUCAGGCGUAUCGUUACCAUCUUCAGGUUCUUUAACAUAUUUGAAUCUUGAAGGGAGUACAGUUGAUUCGUAUGAAAUUGCAGAAUCUAGCAUGCCACUUGUCUAUGGACUUGGGUGGUUUAAACUCACCGUUGCUGAUUCAAAUUGUCGUGAUGGAAAUGCUUCAAUGCAUUCAAUCAAAUCGGUGAAUGUUUGUGUCUUGCCUGACACACUAUACAAUACCAAGUACAUGAUCACAGGUGACGCUAAUGGUUUGCCAUCAAAAGAAGCUUUACCGCCAUCUCAUGAGUUAGCGGCAUCUUCGAAUUGGAUGCUUGUAGCAAUGAUUGCGGGUGCUGCUCUAUUGCUAGUAGUUAUUGGUGGGGCAGUGGGGUAUCUCGUCUUUCGACAUCGUCGACUCAAUAGCCGAUUUAAGAACUAUGCAUCAGAAAGUCGGUCGGACUUUCGAUCCGUUCCAGAAGCGCGCACAACGACACUUCCGAGUUCAAAUCGUACAUUCUUUGAGUGGACGUUAACUACUGGAAACGUGGCAGCUGAGGAACAACAUGAAUAUGACGAUACACUUGUUGGUAAUAAACGUAGAGGCAUGAGCAACACAUUGGCUUCGUCUACUCAGUCAGUAGAACCACUUUCGUUGGCACAUGUUGACAACGACAUUCGCAAUGAUCAAGACAUGCGUCACUUUCGAUUGUUACAUGAAGAAGUGAUUCGUGGCAAAUUGAUUGCCAAAGGUGGUUAUGGUGCAGUGUACGAGGCUACAUUUCGUGAUACGAUUGUCGUGAUCAAACAAUUGCUACCAGAACGUGUUCGUGAUCCCAAAAUGCUCAAUAAUUUUAUGGAUGAAAUUCGAACAUGUGCAUCUUUAGAUCAUCCAAAGAUUGUGACAUUUCUUGGCUUUACUUUUAGCACACUCGUGGAUUUAUCUGCUGUGUUUGAAUAUAUGCCGAAUGGAGAUCUUGCUACACUUCUUCAUAAGCAAUUAAAACGGGAGUCGCGUGAUCCACUGGCUCGUGACGCAUUCGGUUGGUUUCGUUCAAAAAUGUCUGAACGAGGUGGUUUUCAAUGUAAAUCAUUGCUUGCAUUGGAUGUAGCCGAAGCUUUAGUUUAUUUGCACUCAUUUGAAAGCCCAAUGAUUCAUCGUGAUCUUAAGUCAAAUAAUGUGCUUUUAAGUGAAAAAUGGGAAGCCAAAUUGACGGAUUUUGGUGUCAGUCGAGAACUUGUCGAAGAUCAGACCAUGACAGCUGAAAUUGGUACAAUCUCAUGGAUUGCUCCUGAAGUUUUACGUGGAGAACGAUAUUCUGAGAAAGCUGACGUCUAUUCAUUUGGUGUUAUCAUGACGGAGCUCGACACUUGUCGACGACCGUAUUCAGAAGGUGUUUUGAAUGAUGAUAAUCGAGGUGGCAAUGUGAAACACACAAAUGCUCGUAUUGCAGUGUUGGUAAGUGCAGGGAAAUUGCGUCCAACAUUGAGUUCCGAUUGUCCAAAUAGUGUACGAGAUGUUGUGGCCAAGUGUUUAGAUGCUGAUCCAAUCAAUCGACCAUCAGCCUUGCAAUUGCAUUUUGAAUUGCGAAAUUUGGAGCUUGCAUUGGAUGAUUUAUCAACAUCUGGUCAUGUAACACGUAAGUCGAUGGCAAUACGUCGAAGUAGUCAAGACCGACCAUCAUAUCGACAGAAACGUUCAAGACAAUCGAAGCCACACAUGGUACUUGUUGAAGACAAUGAUAUUGCUUUAUUAUCGAAUGAACGGCGGGACCAUGUGCAGUAUUAUGUGUAA